AUGGAGAACCAAAGAAAGAAUACAGAAAGCAAAUCUAAUAAUACCGAGAAUGAAUCAAUAAAUAAGUCAGAAAGUAAAUCUAAUAAGACCGAGAAUGAAUCAAUAAAUAAAUCUGAGAAUCAACAUGAAGAUCUAUCAAAGCAUGAGAAGGAAAUGCAUGAAAAGGCGCAGAGCCAAGUAGAAAGUGCAACAACAAAAGUUACUAACUUUUUCCAAGUGCUAACUGCAAAGAUAAAAGGAGGAGCAGAAGGUGCUCGUUCUGGAUUCUAUAAAUCAAUGAAUAAAGAAGAAGCGCAAGAAUUACAAAAUACUGAUAAGAGCAGUGACAAGUUUGAAAGCACCAAUACAAAGAGUAAAUCAGAGUCUAGCUCUACCAAGAACAACUCACAGAGCACGGAGAAGAGCAGUGAUAAAUCAGAGUCAAGCUCCAAUAAGAACAGCUCAGAGUCUAGCUCUAAUAAGAAUCGUUCUUAGCGCUGAAAUAAGAGGAUGUGAACAGAGUUUUUAGCUUGAUCUGCACAGAACUUGGCUGUAUAGCCCGAAA